UUCAGCUUCUGACUUACAAGAUGACCAAGAAGAGGAGGAACAACGGGCACGCCGAGAAGGGCCGCGGCCACAUGCAGCCCAUCCGCUGCACCAACUGCGCCCGCUGCGUGCCCAAGGAUAAGGCCAUCAAGAAGUUCGUCACCCGAAACAUCAUGGAAGCCUCGGCCGUCAGGGACAUUUCCAAGGCCAGUGUUUUCGACUCUUAUGUGCUCCCCAAACUGUAUGUGAAACUGCAUUACUGUGUGAGCUGUGCGAUCCACAGCAAAUUAGUGAGGAAUCGGUCUCGUGAGGCACGAAAGGAUCAGACACCCCCACCCCGCUUCAGACCUGCUGGUGCUGCCCCCAGACCCCCUCCAAAGCCAAUGUAAAGCUCUAUCUGCCUAUCAAAAUUCCUGAACUAAUCAGAGAAAAAUAAAAUGGUUGGUUUACCUUAAAAAAAAAAAA